CUGCCCGCGUCCCCUGUGAAGGGGCCCUGCCUGCCCUGGAGGGGAAGGGUCAGGACAAGGCUUGGCCCCGAAGCUCAGCCGUUCCGGAGAGACCGGUUCUGGGGUUGAGGACCAGCCGCCCAUCGUGGGGGCGGAGGUUCCUUCGCUCCCGCUGCCUGGUCCCCUUUGGCUUCCUCCGGGCCAGCGCAGGAGGGGCUCCGGGCUCGGAGGGGAGGCUCGCGGCACAGGCCGUCGCUUUCCCUGAUGGUCAGCCGCUGCUCAGCCUCCGCCCGGCGGGGGUCCUCGAGCUGGGGCCGGCCCCCACCUGCACACCUCACUGUCCCCAUCACGUGCGCCCCGCCCCCACACACAGUGUCCGGCGUGGGAGGACGGGGCUCCGGGAGGCGACACCCCUUCUUGAGUCCCCAACCACUUUGCGUUCCCAGGGCCGCGCUGGCCUCGGCGCACCAGUGCCACCCCCUGCCCCAGACGCUGAGUGUCCUCAAGAGCACGCCGCAGGUGCGGGGCAUGCACACCAUCAUCAGGGACAAGGAGACCAGCCGCGACGAGUUCAUCUUCUACUCCAAGCGGCUGAUGCGGCUGCUCAUCGAGCACGCGCUGUCCUUCCUGCCCUUCCAGGACUGCGUCGUGCAGACCCCGCAGGGGCAGGACGACGCGGGCAAGUGCUACGCGGGGAAGCAGAUCACCGGCGUGUCCAUCCUGCGUGCGGGCGAGACCAUGGAGCCGGCGCUGCGGGCCGUGUGCAAGGACGUGCGCGUAGGGACCAUCCUCAUCCAGACCAACCAGCUCACCCGGGAGCCGGAGCUCCACUCCCUGCGGCUGCCCAAGGACAUCAGCGACGACCACGUGAUCCUGACGGACUGCACCGUGUCCACGGGCGCGGCGGCCAUGAUGGCGGUGCGCGUGCUCCUGGACCAUGACGUUCCGGAGGACAAGAUCUUCCUGCUGUCGCUGCUCAUGGCAGAGAUGGGGGUCCACUCGGUGGCCUACGCGUUCCCACGAGUGAGAAUCAUCACGACGGCGGUGGACAAGCGCGUCAACGACCUUUUCCGCAUCAUCCCUGGCAUCGGUAACUUCGGUGACCGCUACUUUGGGACGGACGCAGCGCCCGAUGGCAGUGAUGAGGAGGAAGUGGCCUCCGCGAGCUAGCGCCCGCCUGAGCCUUCCCGCCGUGCCACCCCCAGGGCUCUUGUGCCUCAGGGCCCUGCGCGCAGGGAUGUCCUAACUUAUUUUAAUUAAGAAGGAUGUUACCGCUGGAACUUACUCUAUACAUUUUAUAAAAUAAAGUUUG